UCAAAUCAACGACAAAUGUUUUAAAAGAACAACAAAAGAAAAAUAUAGAAUCCGACAUAAUAAUAAUAAUAAUAAUAAUAUGUUGCACGAACCUAUGAAUUAACGAAAAUGGAAUUGUAAAAUAUCGUGUUUCGUUGUUUGAAGUAUAAAUAUAUCGAUCACGUGAGAUUUCAUUUAUUAUUUUGAUUAAUAAAUAGAAAUUGAGAAAGAAGAAGAAGAAGGAGAAGAAGAAGAAGAAUAGAAGAAGAAAAAACGAGAAAAAUAAUUCAAAAUAAUAAUAAUAAGAGACACGUAGGAUUUUGAAUGUUUCGUUAAAAUAUUUUAUCAAACGAAUAUAUGAAAAUUUAAGGAAGAGAAGAUAUAAAAAAAAAAAAAAAAUAAUUAACGUUGAUAAAUAUGCGAGUAUCGUUGGAAAUGAUUUUUGAUAUCGAUAAUAAAAAGAUAUCGAUGAUAUCAAUGCGUUUAUUAUCGAAAUACCGACGAUGAGGGAUAAGGAAAGAAGAAAGAAAGAAAAAAGGAAAGAGAAAAAAGUGAGACGAGAGAUAAAUCGUGAAAAAUUACUUUUCGUUUUUUUUCUUUUUUUUUUUUCCUAUGAUAAAAACAACAACGAGAAUUAGUGAACGUAAAAAGAAAAAAAAAUAAUUUACGUUAGAGAAACAUAUGUAUGUAAUAAAAUAAUUUCAAAUGGAUUUGUCAACGGCCUUUUUCGGUUCGUCAUUUUUAUCAUGUUCACGUUCGCGAAGAAAUUCUAAUCAUUGGAGAACGUAGCGACGGACUAAAUCUAUUUUCUAAUCGUGCCUAAAACAACCCUAAUACACACACACACAUUGUCAAAGCGUCGAUAUACAGUCUUUUCUUUUUUCUAUUUUAUUAUUCAUUAUAAUUAUAAUUUCUUUCGUUGAUUUUUGUUUGAACGUUCAAUAUUAUGUACACGAAUAAUCUACGAACAAUUUUUCUUUGAUUAAUUUCAUAUUUCAUAUCUUUAUUAUUAUCUAUCAUUCUUUUUCUAUUUUUCUAUGUUCGAUUAAAAAAAAAAACCUUUGACAAACAUGGAACGAAAAGUUUAAUUCCUUUCUUGACGAUUAAUAAUUGCUGUUGUUGUUGUUAUUGUUGGUGUUGACGUUGUUAUUAUUAUUGUUGUUGUUGUUGUUGUUGUUGUUAUUUCGAUAAAAAAGAAAAUAAAAUGAAAAGAAAUAAUUAAACAUGGAGAAAUGAAAAAAUAUAGUUGCAUCAUAGUGAUCGAUGAAAAUAUUCGAAAUAAAUAUUGUGAAAGACGUUUGAUUUAACGUUGAAUUUUGAUCAUCUUAGUUAAAUCGUUUCUAUUCGUUCAAUCGUUCGUUUCUAUUUGUGUAUCAUUUUUUUGCGAGAGGAUAUUUUAUGUUUUCCUUUUUACGGAGAUGACGUGGAUAAAGCUUGUUAAGUCUUACGACGAUCGGAGAAGAACUAGUCCGUAAGAAGAUCAGAUAAUGACGGAGUCUCCAACAGCAUCGACGAGCAAAUGCCACGACGAUAAAUCCGAUAAAUCUGAGAAGGCAGUUUUUCUGCAAAUUCAGGAUAUAAACAGUCAAGUAGCGCAAUUUCGAGAUCUUUUGAUAAACGUCGGUCAACCACGUGAUUGUCCAGAAUUAAGAGAAAAAAUAAGAAAAUUGCGAAGAACUUGCGUCGAAGCUUGCAAAGGAACAUCCCAACUUAUCCUGCCACAAGUACGAAGCGCGAUGGAUGUCGGAAUACCAGCGGAUAGUCCAAAUUUGGUUUUACUGUUCUUCGUCACGCAAUUGUUCCUACGUGAAUUAUCCAAAUGUAAAAAUCUCGUGCGAAUCGUACCGAUGGAUAUGUCAGGAUAUUAUGAAAGCAGAGCAGGACCAUCGAACAUUGGCAACGUGAUUUCUCAGAUUUUGCUGUGCAAACAGAUCACGCCCGACUUUAACGAGGAGGAAUUAUGUAGUAUCAAAAAGGAUUCUUCAGAAAUAGGUGCUUUGAUCGCUGAUUUACAGGAAUUCAUGCCCCAAUCUGAAGCUGAUACAGAGAAAUGCGUGGCCCUACAGGAAGCCGGUAAUCGGGUAAGCCGUAACAAUGGCGGACGAAAAGUAAAUCGAUGGAAUGCCAGCAACAGAUCAAGACAAUCCUCCUACUGUCGGGGUGGUUUCAAGUUCCUCUGUUGCACCGCCAGAACAAAUUACAUUUGAGAUUUACAGAAUGAAUUGUUACAGUGAAAGGGAGGGAUUCCAUCCAGCGAUAGGAAGAACUCCUCACCACUUUUCAAUUCCAUUUUAUUUUCCAUAAUCAGUUUUUUUAUGUUUUUUUUUUCCAGAAUUAACGUCAUCUCCAUGAUAAUUUUAAUGUUUCAAUGAAUUCGAUAAUUUCGUUAUCUUUUAUUUUUAUUUCUUUUCUUUUUUGUGUUUUUUUGUUUUAUUCUAAAAACAAUUUGUUUGUUUUAUAUUAUUAUAUUAAUCGAUGUAUCUCUACUUUACGCGCGUACUGCAUUUGAAUAUUUGAAAAUUUGCGCGGCCGCCAUUUUGGUUUUUAAUCGAACGAGAACGACCAAUGAGAAUACUCCGAAUUUGAAAAUACGACGCGCCGCGCCGCGCCAAAGUUCUCUUAAUUGAUCGGUUAUUUUUAAACAAAUAAGGAGGAUGGCCUUUGAUCAAAGAAAUAAAACAAAAAGAAAUAAAGAGAUCUCGUUAAUCUCUGAAUUGAAUAUAUGUAACUAGUUGUAAUGAUAGAAAAGAGAAUAUACAGAAAAAAAAUAAUAGGACGAAGAGAGAUAAAUAUUUAACAAUAUCGUGGAAUUGCAAGUGAAAUUAAUAGAAUCUCUUAAUUUAUUCGAUAAUAAUAAUAAUAAUAAUAAUAGUAAUAAUGAUAAUGAUAAUGAUAAUGAUAAUA